AAAACACACAGUCUCACACACAGACGCACACACAAAGAUCCCUUCCUCAUGGAAUCUAUCCCCCCUCUUUCUCAAUCUGUCCCUAUAUAUACUCACACGUAACACAUUAUAUCUUCAUCAGUUACGUGCUCAUAUUUCAAACUGUACACAUCUCUCUCUAUCUUCAAUGGAGAUCGAGAACGGAACAGCCGCGGCACUGCCGCCAAACCCCAGAACGUCGCAGCUGACUCGUCUGAACACGUUCGUCGCCGGGAGCAGAGUCGGCAAGCGCUUCAAACUCGCCGAGCGGAACACCACCUUCACGACGGAGCUCCGAGCCGGCACCGCCACGUUCCUCACCAUGGCCUACAUCCUGGCCGUCAACGCCAGCAUCGUCGCCGACUCCGGCGGCACCUGCUCAGUCUCAGACUGCAUCUCCCUCUGCUCCGACCCCACCGUCCCCGCCGCCUCCUGCUCCGGCGGCAACCUCAGCGUCGUCCCACCCGACGAAUCCUGCAAAUUCGAGCCGGUCAAUCAGGGCUACACCGACUGUCUCGAGAAAAUCCGCAAAGACCUCAUCGUCGCCACCGUCGCUUCCUCUCUCAUCGGCUGUGUCAUAAUGGGAACCUUCGCGAACCUUCCACUAGCUCUCGCCCCUGGAAUGGGCACCAACGCCUACUUCGCCUACACAGUCGUCGGCUACCAUGGCUCCGGCAACAUCUCUUACCAGAGCGCUCUCGCCGCCGUUUUCAUCGAAGGACUCAUUUUCCUCUUUAUAUCCGCAAUUGGGUUUCGAGCAAAACUGGCCAAACUCGUCCCUAAACCGGUCCGAAUCUCAUCCUCCGCCGGAAUCGGCCUAUUUCUCGCCUUUAUCGGUUUACAGAACAACCAGGGAAUCGGACUCAUCGGUUAUAGCUCAUCCACGCUCGUGACACUCGGCGCGUGUCCGACUUCCUCACGCGCCUCCCUUGCUCCUGUUUUCACCGCCGCCAAUGGCACCAUCAGUCUCGUCCCCGGCGGGACCGUCUCCGGCGAUAUAUUCUGCGUUCGCGAUCGCAUGGAGAGCCCCACAUUCUGGCUCGGCAUCGUGGGCUUCGUCAUCAUUGCCUACUGUCUGGUCAAGAACAUCAAAGGCGCGAUGAUAUACGGCAUCGUAUUCGUCACCGCCGUGUCGUGGUUCCGCAACACCUCCGUCACGGCGUUUCCGGACACCGCCUCCGGCGACUCCUCUUUCGAAUACUUCAAAAAAGUCGUCGACGUUCACGCGAUCAAGGACACGGCCGGUGCGUUGAGCUUCAAGAGCAUUGGGAAAGGGCAUUUCUGGGAAGCUCUGAUCACGUUCUUGUACGUCGAUAUAUUGGACACGACGGGGACGUUGUAUUCGAUGGCGAGGUUCGCCGGAUUCGCCGACGUCAACGGCGAUUUCGAGGGGCAGUACUUCGCCUUCAUGUCGGACGCGUCGGCGAUCGUGGUGGGUUCGUUGCUGGGGACGUCGCCGGUGACGACGUUCAUCGAGUCGUCGACGGGGAUUCGGGAGGGUGGACGGACUGGGCUGACGGCGAUCACGGUGGCGUGUUACUUCUUGCUGGCGUUCUUCUUCACGCCGCUGCUGGCGUCGAUACCGGCGUGGGCGGUGGGGCCGCCGCUAAUACUGGUGGGGGUGUUGAUGAUGAGAUCCGUGGUGGAGAUCGAAUGGGACGACAUGAGGCAGGCGAUCCCAGCCUUCGUGACGUUGAUUUUGAUGCCGUUGACUUAUUCAAUUGCGUAUGGUUUGAUCGGAGGGAUUGGGACUUACAUGGUCUUGAAUGCAUGGGAUUGGGGUGAGGGGGGUUUGAGGAAAUAUGGGAUUCUUAAGGGGGUAAAUAGUAAUGGGAAUGUUGAUAACAGGGGCAAUGGAGCAAAUAACGGGGCUAAUGUGGAUGGUAGUGCAAAAGUUCUUGAAGCGUAAGUGUAUAGGGAAGGUUUAGAUCCUUUUUAUUUUUUUAGUUAUUUUUGUUCAAUUAAUGGAUUAUUCCAAUUUUAGGGAUAAUAAUAGAGAGGGAGAAAAUUGUAUUUUUAAUGGUAUAGUGUAAAUGAUUUCUCUUUGGUUGUUAAUUAAAAAAUUUACAAUUUACGUUA